AUGGCAAACAUGUUGAAAUUUCUAUCGCUCCUUUUGCUUUCCCCUGUACUUGGGGCGGGGAAGAAUGAAUUCCUUUUACCUCCAGCAUGGGCGGACAAGAAUCCAAAAUACAAAACUGGCGAUCUGCUUGAGAUCCAAUGGUCGACCAACUGGAAAGUCUAUUCUCUCUGGCUGUGGCAAAUUGGCACAAAUAAAGGCAAGCGUAUUCAGGGCUCUUUACACGGUGUCAGCUCUUACGGCUGGACUGUCUCGACAGUGGGGGACUUAACACAGACAGAUGUCUUUGUCCUCCAAGUGAUAAAUGAAAAUAAUAGUGAUUAUUUCAUUUGCCAUAGCUUCAACAUCCUCGAAAACAAGGCCACCACAGCGAGGCUCCCCUCUACCACGUCGAUGAAUACGUCAACUAUCUCAUCAACCGCCAUCGGUGCUUCACCCACCCAAGCAUGCCUUACCACACCUACCGGGUCUUCAGACCAAUGCGAUGAAGCGGGACUUACACCGAAAACAAAAGUUGGAAUCGGCGUCGGCGUCGGGCUCGGCUGUGCAUUUCUCAUGGCCAUGGCUGCUAUUAUCUGGUAUUUCCGUCGUCGACAGAAAGAUUCGAACGCGUCAAAUGCGCCGCUUGCUUGGUCUCCGCCAGAUCCUUCACAAAACCCUUCCAAGCAGGGGCCUAUAACUCAACAGCCACGGUUUCCGGUUGAAGUCCCCGGUGACUUUGCAGUUGAAGCUCCGAGUGAUCAUGUUAGAUAUGAGCUGCCGUCGUGA